GUAAUUAUAAUUGCCCAAUAUUGCAGCCAUGGAGUCCAUGCUUAAUAAGUUGAAGAGUACUGUUACAAAAGUAACAGCAGACGUCACUAGUGCUGUAAUGGGAAAUCCUGUCACUAGAGAAUUCGAUGUUGGUCGACACAUUGCCAGUGGUGGGAAUGGUCUAGCUUGGAAGAUUUUUAAUGGCACAAAAAAGUCAACAAAACAGGAAGUAGCUGUUUUUGUCUUUGAUAAAAAGCUGAUUGACAAAUAUCAAAAAUUUGAAAAGGAUCAAAUCAUCGAUUCUCUAAAACGUGGAGUCCAACAGUUAACUCGGCUACGGCACCCUCGACUUCUUACUGUCCAGCAUCCUUUAGAAGAAUCCAGGGAUUGCUUGGCAUUUUGUACAGAACCAGUUUUUGCCAGUUUAGCCAAUGUUCUAGGUAACUGGGAAAAUUUGCCUUCUACUGUUUCUCCAGACAUUAAGGAUUAUAAACUUUAUGAUGUAGAAACUAAAUAUGGUUUGCUUCAGGUUUCUGAAGGAUUGUCAUUUUUGCAUAGCAGUGUGAAAAUGGUUCAUGGAAAUAUUACACCUGAAAAUAUAAUUUUGAAUAAAAGUGGAGCCUGGAAAAUAAUGGGCUUUGAUUUUUGUGUAUCAUCGACCAAUCCUUCUGAACAAGAGCCCAAGUUUCCAUGUAAAGAAUGGGACCCAAAUUUACCAUCAUUGUGUCUUCCAAAUCCUGAAUAUUUGGCUCCUGAAUACAUACUUUCUGUGAGCUGUGAAACAGCCAGUGAUAUGUACUCUUUAGGAACUGUCAUUUAUGCUGUAUUUAACAAAGGGAAACCUGUAUUUGAAAUUAACAAGCAAGAUAUUUAUAAGAGUUUCAGUAGGCAGUUGGAUCAGUUGAGUCGUUUAGGAUCUAGUUCACUUACAAAUAUACCUGAGGAAGUCCGUGAACAUGUAAAACUACUGUUAAAUGUAACUCCAACUGUAAGACCAGAUGCAGAUCAAAUGACGAAGAUUCCUUUCUUUGAUGAUGUUGGUGCAGUAACACUGCAGUAUUUUGAUACCUUAUUCCAAAGAGAUAACCUUCAGAAAUCACAGUUUUUCAAAGGACUGCCAAAGGUUCUACCAAAAUUGCCCAAGCGUGUCAUUGUGCAGAGAAUUUUGCCUUGCUUGACUUCAGAAUUUGUAAACCCUGAUAUGGUACCUUUUGUUUUGCCCAAUGUUCUAAUGAUUGCUGAAGAAUGCACCAAAGAAGAAUAUGUCAAAUUAAUUCUACCUGACCUUGGCCCUGUCUUUAAACAGCAGGAGCCAAUACAGGCUAGCAACAUGAUUUUGUUAAUUUUCUUACAAAAAAUGGAUUUGCUACUAACCAAAACUCCUCCUGAUGAAAUAAAGAACAGUGUCCUACCAAUGGUUUACAGAGCACUAGAGGCUCCUUCCAUUCAGAUACAGGAACUCUGUCUAAACAUCAUUCCAACCUUUGCAAAUCUUAUAGACUACCCAUCCAUGAAAAAUGCUUUGAUACCAAGAAUUAAAAAUGCAUGUCUACAAACAUCUUCCCUUGCUGUUCGUGUAAAUUCAUUAGUAUGCUUAGGAAAGAUUUUGGAAUACUUGGAUAAGUGGUUUGUACUUGAUGAUAUCCUGCCCUUCUUACAACAAAUUCCAUCAAAGGAACCUGCAGUCCUCAUGGGGAUUUUAGGCAUUUACAAAUGUACUUUUACUCAUAAGAAGUUGGGAAUCACCAAAGAGCAGCUGGCUGGAAAAGUAUUGCCUCAUCUGAUUCCUCUGAGUAUUGAAAAUAAUCUUAAUCUCAACCAGUUCAAUUCGUUCAUUUCCGUCAUUAAAGAGAUGCUUAAUAGAUUGGAGUCUGAACAUAAGACUAAACUGGAGCAACUUCAUAUAAUGCAAGAACAGCAGAAAUCUUUGGAUAUAGGAAAUCAAAGGAAUAUUUCUGAAGAGGCAAAAGUUACAAAUGUUGGAUCUCAGAUUGACAAAGUUUUUAACAACAUUGGAGCAGACCUUCUGACUGGUGGUGAAUCAGAAAAUAAAGAGGAUGUGUUACAGAAUAAACAUAAAAGAGCAUCACUUACACUUGAAGAAAAACAAAAAUUAGCAAAAGAACAGGAGCAGGCACAGAAGUUGAAAAGUCAGCAGCCUCUUAAACCCCAAGUACAUACACCUAUUGCUCCAGUGAAACAGACUAAGGACUUGACAGACACAUUGAUGGAUAAUAUGUCAUCUUUGACCAGCCUGUCUGUUACUGCCACUAAAAGUUCUGCUUCAAGUACCUUCACUUCUGUUCCUUCCAUGGGCCUUGGCAUGAUGUUUUCUACACCAAUUGAUAAUACAAAGAGAAAUUUGACAAAUGGCCUAAAUGCUAACAUGGGCUUUCAGACCUCAGGAUUCAACAUGCCGGUUAAUACAAACCAGAACUUCUUCAGUAGUCCAAGCACACCUGGAGUGACCACGAUGACAAUGGGAACACCUUCCACUUUGCCAAACUUCAAUGCUGUGGGGGUUCCUCCUGCUGGUGCAAAGCAGACUCAACAAAGACCCCCAGAUAUGUCUGCUCUUAAUAAUCUCUUUGGCCCUCAGAAACCCAAAGUUAGCAUGAACCAGUUAUCACAACAGAAACCAAAUCAGUGGCUUAAUCAGUUUGCACCUCCUCAAGGGUCUCCAGGAAUGGGCAGUUCAGUAAUGGGAACACAAAUGAACGUGAUGGGACAAUCUGCCUUUGGUAUGCAAGCCAAUCCUUUCUUUAACCCACAGAACUUUGCACAGCCACCAACUACUAUGACCAGUAGCAGUUCAGCUAGCAAUGAUUUAAAAGAUCUAUUUGGGUGAGGUGUAUUGCUCCUAUUUUUAAAGGAUUCAAUUUAAUCAUGUGUGAACUGAUUUACAUCUUUAUAUAAUUGGCUUUGAGGCGCUAUUUCUAUGGGAAAAUGAAUGGUUCUAAGAUAGAAAACACCUGUUUCUAUGCCAGCAUAGUAGUUGUUUGGACUCCUCUGACAGAGUUUUUUAAAGCAUUGAGGAAUUUUUUCCCUCUUACCAUAUUCUCUCUGGGUUUUUAAAAGACCCAACCUGUACCAAUCUCAAAGAGAAGAUACCUGAGUACCUUGAAUAGCAAAAUUUUUUAAUCAAAUGUUUAUUUUGCUUGUAAAUCUUGUUGUUUAAAAAAAUUGAGUUGAUGGUAAUUGCAAGUUUUACCUAUUAAAUACUACAUGGUACAUAGUCUGCCUUCACAAGUCAUUAGUCUUCAUUUUAAUAUGUGAAAAAUCUUGAUGCUGUGUUGAAUUGUUUGCAUUUAGUAUGACUGAGUGAGAAAAUAAUAAGCAUAGAGAAAAAGAUCAUUACUUUUUCCAAUCUUAUUUACUUCUCAGAUGAACUAAUGUUUAGUACAAAAAAGACUGAGCAAAUACUGCAAAAUUUAACUUAACAUUGAUUUCAUUGGUUCAAACUAAAGGCAUUAUUAACCAUCUCAAAUGCAAAUUAAUCAUUGUAAAUUAUAUUUUAGCAUGGUCUGCCUCAAAUAGUAAUGUAUUUUUCUGUAUUUCAUUGGAUAUAUUUAGAAUCACUUUUUCCUAUGGUGUCCAUACAGGAGAGGUAUGUACUGAUUUGUACAUAUAUUUGACAAAGCUCCCUGAUGUGAUUUCCCUGAAUACUGCCUUUAUAUUUCACUUGAAUUCAAAAUUCUGAGGUUGCAGUAUAUAUGAAUUGCAUUUUCAAAAGGAGAUUUGUAAGAAUUAAACUAUAUUUAAUGAGUAAACAUUUGAGAUUUCUGCUGUAUUGUUUCAACUGUAAUAAACUUUACUUCUAUAAAAAUAAGCAGUUGUAUCUUCUGGCUACCAAGAGAUUGAUUUUGAGUUUACCAUGAUAAAGUGUGACCUCAUCAAUUA